ACUAAUUACGAAACAAAACUAACCGACUCCCCCACCUCCUUCCUGCCAUUCUCCCACCGUCAUCCUCUCCCUUCUCUACCGUCCGAUCUCACAAUCCCCCCCAACCCUCCACCGCCUCUCUCUCUCCGGCCCUUUUUCCAACCACCAACAACUCCGCCCAUCCUCUCCACACUCUCCAUCAUCCCAUCAUCAUUGGUGGACCCCACUCCCCUCCGUUCAUUAUAGCUGGCUGGCUGGCUGGCUUUACUCCCUCCAGCUCCAUUUUUUCUCCGAUCACUUUCAUAAUAAAUUAAGCACUCGAUUUCACUUCUGAUUUGGGUUUCAAUUUCUCUCUGAUUCUUGAGCUUUAUUGAAUACUAUAUUUUUGCUGCGUAAUAUCGAUUUUGUUCCCAUAUAUAGAUGAAUAUUAAUGUCCUUGAUUAUCGAUGAUUUCUAUGUCCGUACUGAUGAGCCUUUCUAGCUCUACCGAAAGAAUUGGGAUUAGGGUUUCAAAUACGUUCAGACAGUACUAUUUAAUAAACCUCUGAACUCUGAAGUUCGAAGCUCGAGCGGAAUUUAAAGCUUUAUUACUGUUUCCAAUUAAUUUUUUUUUUAUCCGCCCAGUUCUGCGUAUUUGCUUCGACAGACAUUAAUUGGAAUACAUGUAUUUGGUAUACUGACAACCCAAAUACGUGUAUAUUCAUAUGCACAUGCACCGACGAUGAGACGUAGGAAAGGGGGUUCAGAACCCAAGAAGCCGCAGAACUCGUCGUCGCAGCCAGCCGACUCUGUUGCAGAAAGUAACCAGAAAAAGGGUAAUUCUGCUGCAGAGGAUUUAAAUUCCGGUAAAAAAAAGAGUGGACAUGAUGAGAAUUCGAGUAAUUCGAAUUGGAAAUCGAAGAAGAAACAGAGGGCGAAAUCGUGGAAUUGCGUGGACAGCUGUUGCUGGUUCGUCGGUUGCAUUUGUUCGUUAUGGUGGAUCUUAUUAUUCUCUUACAAUGCAAUGCCGGCCUCCUUUCCGCAGUAUGUGACCGAGGCGAUUACCGGACCGUUGCCGGACCCGCCCGGGGUGAAAUUGGCUAAGGAUGGAUUGAAGGCGAAGCAUCCGGUGGUCUUUGUACCUGGGAUUGUAACUGGAGGGCUGGAGCUGUGGGAAGGGCACCAAUGCGCUGAAGGUCUGUUCAGAAAGAGGCUUUGGGGUGGCACAUUUGGUGAUCUCUAUAAAAGGUGUUUCAUUUAUUGAUAUUUAUUAAUGGAUUUUGGUUGUUUUCCUUGUUGAAUGGUUUUCUUAGAUUGGUGUUGAAUCUUUUUUUGUCAUACUGUCUUGAAGUGGAAAUUUUAGUAAUUUUACUGGUAAUGGCAAAAGGAAUUCCUUGUCCCAGGUCAUCUGGUUGGACAUACCUUAUUGAGUAGUAUGAAGACUGACGCAACUUUUAGCCCUUCUUUUUCCCAUUGCCUUUCCAAGACUUAGAGAGUUUAGCUUAAAAAGGAAAGUAAUGGUGGAACCGUGAAGAAAUUCUUUUUUGUAAAAGCUUCCCUCUUCCUCUAAAUCUCUUCUUCUACCUUCUUUCUUCAUCCCUCGGUUUCAUUGAUUUCUUUCCCAGUUACUGAAAGAAAUGUUAAAUGAGAGGUUUGUAUGUGCUUAUUCAUGCUGGAGAGUUCAGUUGACUGCCCAGAGUUCUUUUGCAGUAGACCUUUAUGCUGGGUUGAGCACAUGUCUCUGGAUAAUGAGACUGGUUUGGAUCCUCCUGGAAUAAGGAUCAGACCUGUUUCUGGACUCGUUGCUGCUGAUUACUUCGCACCAGGUUAUUUUGUAUGGGCCGUGUUGAUUGCCAACUUGGCACGGAUUGGAUAUGAGGAGAAAAAUAUGUAUAUGGCGGCAUAUGAUUGGAGGAUAUCUUUCCAGAACACUGAGGUUAGAGACCAAACCUUGAGCACUAUAAAGAGUAACAUAGAGCUGAUGGUGGCUACAAGCGGUGGGAAAAAAGUGGUGGUAAUCCCUCAUUCCAUGGGUGUUCUGUAUUUCUUGCAUUUUAUGAAAUGGGUUGAGGUUCCAGUUCCCAUGGGUGGUGGAGGUGGCUCAGACUGGUGUGCUCGGCAUAUCAAGGCUGUAAUGAAUAUUGGUGGGCCAUUUUUGGGCGUUCCGAAAGCAGUCUCCGGAUUACUCUCUGCAGAAGCCAGGGAUAUCGCUGUGGCCAGGGCUAUGGCACCAGGUUUUCUGGAUAAGGACGUGUUUGGUCUUCAAACCUUACAGCACAUAAUGCGAAUGACUCGUACAUGGGAUUCAACUAUGUCAAUGAUUCCCAAGGGUGGGGACACUAUCUGGGGUGGCCUUGACUGGUCUCCAGAAGAAGGUUAUGAGUGUUGCACAAAGAAGUCAAAGAAUGGUAAUAAUGAAACAGGAGCUCCAAAUGACUCAGGGAAUUCGGGUAAUGCAACUAAGGUUCAUUAUGGAAGAAUAAUCUCGUUCGGGAAGGAUGUAAUCGAGUUGCAUUCAUCAAAGAUUGAGAGAGUUGAUUUUAGGGGUGCUAUCAAAGGAAAUAAUCUUGCCAAUACAACUUGUACUGAUGUAUGGACCGAAUACCAUCACCUUGGAGCUGGAGAUGUCAAGGCUGCUGCAGAUUUUAAGGUUUAUACUGCAGAAUCAGUUUUAGACUUGCUUCAGUUUGUUGCCCCAAAGAUGAUGAAUCGAGGUGGAGCUCAUUUUUCAUAUGGGAUAGCUGAUGAUCUGGACGAUAUGAAGUAUGAUCAUUACAAAUACUGGUCCAAUCCUUUAGAAACAAAAUUGCCAAAUGCCCCAUCCAUGGAGAUCUUUUCAAUGUAUGGAGUUGGAAUCCCUACAGAGAGGGCAUAUGUCUACAAGUUUAGUCCUACGGCUGAUUGCUACAUUCCUUUCCAAAUUGAUACCUCUGCUGAGGGAAAUGGUGGUUCUUGUCUAAAAGGUGGAGUCUUUUCUGUUGAUGGAGAUGAAACAGUUCCGACCCUUAGUGCAGGUUUCAUGUGUGCAAAAGGUUGGCGGGGAAAAACUCGAUUCAAUCCAUCUGGCAUCAAGACCUAUAUAAGAGAGUAUAAUCAUGCUCCUCCAGCUAAUCUUUUGGAGGGCAGGGGUACUCAGAGUGGUGCUCAUGUUGAUAUCAUGGGAAAUUUUGCACUGAUUGAAGAUAUUAUUAGGGUAGCAGCUGGGGCCACCGGGGAAGACCUAGGAGGAGAUCAAGUUCAUUCCAAUAUUUUCCAAUGGUCUGAGAGAAUCAAUCUGGAACUCUAGAUUUAACAUGGAUUAAAACUGAGAUGGGUAAAUGAUCAGCUCCAGGAUCACAUUGAUUCGUCGCAACUGAUGACUAUGGGCAUGUGGUAAAGUAAUACAAGGAUAUAUAAACAGAGGAGUUGACUUGCAGGUCCUAAGAACUGCUAUGCAGGUUCAUGAUCUUUCUGCAUGUUUGUAAAAUAGCGUGAUGGGGAACGGUGGGUAUUCAGGCAGCCCUAACUAUCUGCAAGUUGUGGUCGUCAUGGGUUCUACUCAUUAAAGAGUCCCAAGAAAUUUUGAGCAUUAAUUAUUAGUAUCAUUUUUACCUUUGUAAAAAGUUUAUCUUAUAGAGUUAUAGUGUAUGUUCUCUUCCAAAAGUUAGAUAGCAUUAGCCAUUUUUGUAGUUCAAUGGUUUUGAUAUGCACUUUUUUUUAAAGUCAUGUUUUCGUGUUUGAGUAGGGCAUUAAGCUUCCCAGAAUAAACUAAAACGCAGUACAAACAAGAAAGCAGAUGUAAUUACAUAAUGUUUAGGGAUAUUUCGAGUUCCUGAAUGUGGCAAAAGCCUCUUUUUCUUUGUUAGGUUUUCACUUUUACUGUUCGAAUUUCAAAACAUUGGGACGCAACUUACUAAUAAUAUCACAUUCUUCCCG